AUGAACAAUUCUAACGAAACCCUCGCGCUGAACGAGAUUCAUCCUCGCAGAUCUACAGAGGUAUCUACAGAGGUUUCCGAGAUUGAGCAGCCCACGCUCGCUCCAGCAGAUGGAGGCAAAGCCGCAUGGCUGAUGUUAGCUUCAAGCUGCUUCAUUCAAAUACCAGUCUGGGGAUUCUCUACUGUCUUCGGUGUCUUCCAAGAGUACUACUUAACACAUGACGUGCUACAAGGAAGCAAGAAUGACCUGGCGACUGUUGGAACUACUUCCACUGGACUUCUUUAUCUUCUCUCGCCCAUCACCUUCACGCUUUUAACGAGAUACCCGAAGUUACAAUAUUAUUGUGCACCAGCAGGACUGGUCAUCACCGUGAUUGGAUCUCUAUUAUCCUCGUUCUCAGUGCAGGUGUGGCAUUUGAUCGCCACACAGGGCGUCAUGUGCGCCAUUGGGAAUGGACUCUUGUUCAGUCCGUCUUCCCUGUAUCUUGACCAGUGGUUCUUGCGUCGGAAGGGCCUUGCUAUUGGAACUAUGUGGGCUGCAAAGAGUGUUACUGGAGUUGCCUUGCCUUUCAUUGCUAGUGUUUGUUUGAAUAGGUUUGGCUCUAGUACUACACUAAGGGCUUGGACUGUUGUUACGCUGUUAACCACUCUCGUGGCCUUGCCAUUCAUGAAACCCCGUAUACCAGUUUCGCCAUCUGCUUCGGCCCGUCCCUUGGAUCUAAGCUUCCUCAAACAAAGCACAUUCUGGAUGCUGCAGACGGGGAAUAUUAUCCAGAGUUUUGGAUACUUCUUGCCAACGACAUUCCUCCCUUCUUUUUCGACAAGGACUGUCGGCCUAUCCCAGAACACCGGUACAAUGCUGAUCUCACUAUUCAACGCAACAUCUGUCGUUGGCGGUAUAGCCCUGGGAGUACUCUGUGAUCGCUUCUCCGUCACAAACAUCAUGCUGCUAUCCUCGGUGGGUUCGGCGUUAUCAGUACUUCUAUUCUGGGGUCUGGCAUCAUCCUCCGACUCAGACUCGUCGCAGACAGCCAUUGCACUUCUUACUAUCUUCUCCAUCACGUAUGGCUUCUUUGCCGGUGGAUUCAGCUCCACCUGGUCUGGAGUCAUUAACCAGAUCAAGCAUGACUCGUCGCCGUCACUAGAUACUGGACUUGUGUUUGGUCUUCUUGCUGGUGGUCGAGGUAUUGGAAAUGUUAUCAGUGGACCGUUGAGUACAGUGCUGCUUCAGUCGGGGUCUUUGGGGGAUUCGAGUGGUCUAAGUGGCAAUACGGGCUACGAAACACAGUAUGGAACGCUGAUUCUUUUCACUGGAAUCACCGCCUUUUUCGGUGCAUGGAGCUGGAUGUGGCGGUUCAUUAGCCCUGCACUGCAGUGUGUCCGUUGA